CUAAAAUGUAAACACAGGUUCAGUUUUUAGUUUUAGCUAUCGCGAAGUUCCAACUGUAAAUUAAUAAUUAGAUUUAGUCUUUGAUCUAAUUAUUAAAUUGUCAAACAUUUGUGAUUUGUUUCUGUAUUAUAAAACUUGAUACUUCAAGAAAUGCAUGGAAAUGACAGUCUGUACACAAGAAUGACUACCCAGCCAUUCUACAAAGAAAAUCAGAUUGAUCCAGAAUUAGAGCAUAAAACUAAACGAGUAUCUGACAAGCUGUCUGAAACACUGAAUGUUAUAGCUAAUGAACCUUCUCUGGCAUUCUUUCGGAUACAAGAGCAUGUUCGUAAAACAUUACCACAGCUUGUUGAUCAAAAGCAUGAAGUAGAAGAUAUUCAGGCAAGAGUUCAAGGAGCCUGCUUUGAUGCUGAAUAUGCAACUAAUGCAAUAAGAUGCAUGCAGUCCAGUGCAAUACAUUUUCAAAACAUUCAAGAUUUGUUAAAAAAUGCUAUGUUCAUGAAACAACAAAUAACUUACGCUGAUAAAAGAAGGCUAGGAAAAGCCAGCCCUGUCAUACCUCAGUCACCAGAAGAAAGAAAGCCACAACCAGAAGUAGAGAAGGAAUCUGUGGGGGUCAUGGUACAAAGCACAGAUAGUAGUUUAGAGAGGAGUGGGUGUAUUCAACAAGAUUGAGUUACAUUUAAAAACGAGACAGAAUUAAAAGUAAACUCUCCUAAACAAAGCUUAGAAGAUUUUCAAGCAAGUCAGGAAGUUGAACAGUACAUGAGUCCCACAAGUUUCUGUCAAAAUGAACAUCCUGCUGUGCAAUAAGACCAUAAUUUAUGCUGUGAUCUACUUUUUAAAAUCAAAUUUCCAUGUGCUUUGUUAAUAUGUUGUAUUUGUCUAUCAUUUCUAACAACCCAUUUCAACCCUUUUAUACAACAUAUAAGAGAAAGUGAUAUUUCAGACUAUUAGCAAUGACCAACUUAAUGGAACUUUUUAAAACAGUUGUUUGGUUUAUUCAACAAUACAAGAAACAUUUUAAAAUAAAAA